UGUUAUCCACAUAGCAACUCUGUGGAAUUGGGUUAGGCUAUCAGAUAGUGAUUGACCCUAAGUCACCCAGUGAGCUUCAUGGCUGAAUCAGGACGUGAACCAGGGUCAUUCCCAGUCCUAGUCCAACUGUAAUCAUUACACUACUUUGAAAGGGUAGAAUGCAGCAUUAAGGAAAACCAAAAGUCCAGCAUUGUGAAAAAGUGAUAAGGUAAAAUGCUGUAACAUGUAAACAAAGUAAGUAUCCUUGGGACAUGUGGCUUAAGGACAACUUUUCUAAAGUUUCUUUGGUCCACUCAGCCAACAGUCCCAACAUGUCUGCUUGGUUGUCUGAACUGUCCCCUCAAAAGUCAGCUGUGGAACCUAUUGCACUGUCAUGUGGGUGUCUCUUCUGUUUUGUCCUUAUUCAAAGCACCUUUCUACGAUCUUCAUAAAAACCCAUAAGUUGGCUUUAGAAGUGACCAUGUUGAUUUCACUAGAGUUUGGCCAAGGAGGAAUGUUUCAGUGAGAGGCUGCUGCUGCUUCUUUCUGAAAUAAACCCUCUUUACCACAAAAACAAACAUACAAAACAAGAAACAAACAGAAUCGCCUGCACAAAGGUCUGUGGCUGAAGCAGGUGGUUUCUUUCUACUGUUCUUUCCCUGGCUCAAGGCCUGUGAGGUUUUUGAUCUUUUCACAGUGGCUGGUAGGCAUUGUAGCUUGGCCACCAGGGGGCCUGUGGUCCAACAAAAGAGGACUGGAAUGAAUUACUGGGGAUUUUUUCUCUUUUUUUAAUUCUGCCCAGAGAUCUGAGGGAAUAAACAGCGGCAGCGAGCUGGCAGGACUGACUAAAGUCUCUCUCUGUCUUCAAGCUGCACUGAAGCUGCACUGAAACUCCAGUCUCUUUGCUCACCCUCUUCCAUGCCCCCGGCCCUCUUUUAAGACCACAAGUCAAAGUGAAGGAACUUUUUCCUUUUCUCACUGAGGGCAGUGACAUCUCUGUUCAUUUGGUGAAUUGCCUUCUCUGCGUCUCUUCUGUCUCCCUCCGUUUUUGCAGAAAGAAGGAUGUCUUUGCCUUGGACAGGUAUGCUUUUGCUUGGUUUUCUGCAGCCACUGGAAACCCUGAUGAAGGAAGGUGCUGUCCCAUUUAUUGAGGAAAACUAUGCACCCUCCAGAAUGGAGCAAAAGGCUGGAGAAGGUCACUUAACAAGACACGUCAACUCCAAAGGUGUCCUGAUGGAGUUACUCGGAGAAUUGGGCAGGGUGAGAGGGUCAGGACCAACUGGCAGUCAUGAGGAGCAACAGUUCUUAGAAGAACAGCUGAGGUGGAGAAGGACACGUAGAGGAACAAAGGAUGAUGAUGCCAAGUCAGUUCAGCAGUAUGUUCCAGGAGUCAAAGUGGAGUUUCCUCGGCCUGCCAACCCAGCCAGUUUACAGCCAACCAAGCCUCCAGUGCCAUCCAGCAUAGAUCCCUCUGAACCUUACCAAAGGAGCCCAGCGGUCUAUGGUGAUAGAGAGCCCCAGGUUAAUAGAACUGUGGCGUUAGGAAAGCGUCUUCAGAUCCAAAACCCUCUCUAUCCAGUGACAGAAAGCUCUUAUAGUGCUUAUGCUGUCAUGUUCCUGUCCCUCAUUGUCUUUGCUGUGGGCAUCAUUGGGAACCUCUCAGUCAUGUGCAUUGUCUGGCAUAACUACUACAUGAAAAGUGCCUGGAAUUCCAUUUUGGCCAGCCUUGCUUUCUGGGAUUUCCUUAUCCUCUUCUUCUGCCUACCUGUGGUCAUCUUCAAUGAGAUCACCAAGAAGAGACUGCUGGGAAACAUCUCCUGUCGCAUUGUGCCCUUCAUGGAGGUGUCUUCUUUGGGAAUCACUACCUUCAGCCUCUGUGCCUUGGGCAUUGACAGAUUCCACGCGGCUACCAGUCCCCAAGCCAAACUCCGCCCAAUUGAACACUGCCACUCCAUUAUUGCCAAGCUGGCUGUCAUUUGGGUGGGUUCCAUGACGCUUUCAAUCCCAGAGCUCCUUCUCUGGCAGCUAGCACAGGACACCUCACCAGUCUCUGGUGUAGUGUCUGAUUACUGCACCAUGAAACCUUUUCAGGAGCUGCCUGAGUCAAUUUAUUCUCUGGUUCUCACUUAUCAGAAUGCCAGGAUGUGGUGGUACUUUGGAUGCUACUUCUGCCUGCCUAUCCUCUUCACUGUCAGCUGCCAGCUGGUCACCAGAAGGAUCAGCAGCUCAGAGAAGACUGAGUGCCGUGGUAGCAAGCAUGGGCAGUGUGAGAGCCAGCUCAAUUGCACAGUGAUUGGCCUAACAGUAAUCUAUGGUCUCUGCAUCAUUCCUGAGAAUGUUAGUAAUAUUGUUGUGGCCUACCUGUCUCCUGACAUGGCAAAACAGACCCUGGACCUAUUAAGCUUGGUCAACCAGUUCUUCUUGUUCUUCAAAUGUUCAGUUACUCCUGUGCUUCUGCUGUGUCUUUGCAAACCCCUGGGGCAGGCCUUCAUGGACUGCUGCUGCUGCUGCUGUGAUGAAUGUGGUCAAGAAACUACUUCCAGUGAUGGUGGUUCUGAAAGCAAAAUCAAAACUGAGAUGUCCUCAAAUAUUUUCUUUGACAAGCCCGGAGAGUCACCUCCCCCUGUGGGGGCCAUUGGUACUCCAUGCUAAGCUCAAUCAGUCUAGUGGUAGACCAAGAGCAGUUCUUCCACUACCUUUUCCCAAGACCAAAAGUUGUGGUUUUCUUUUAGUAUUGAUUGGUGAAAUAGCUGGACACUGGAGGUCUACCAUCUGCUUGGUCCAACAUUGUCUUCUAGGAACUUAUGGACGAGCCAUCACAGAUAGCUAUCUCUUCUCUGCUGAACAGUUACCAAGGGUGCCACUGACUCCCUGACCCCAAGCAUGACCAGAGAGGCUGCUGUCCUGAAUGGGGAAGAUGCUGUGGAAAGACCCACUUGAAACCCUCACAAGAACAGAGAAAUCACCUGUUUUAAAGAGUUCAUAGUACACACUAACCUAUUCUGUACCGAUGCAGGACCUUACUGUCCUCUUUUUCACUUCUGCCCAGAGACAGCCUUGUGUACAAAGUCAGCACUAUCCUAGCCUCAAUAAACCAGUAGACUAAGUAGAAAAAAAGUUUCAGUCACUUUAUUCAAAAUGUGUGGUAGAACAGUUAAUCAUUCUGUCAAUAUCUCUCAAGAAAGUGAAUAUAGUCCACAGUACUGUAUGAACUAGAUUUCUUCUCCAACCAAGGAAUCAGGAUUUUUCAACCAGGUUUGCCUGUCUGUUAUAUUAUGUGUGUGUGUAUGUGUUUUUUAUUUACACAAAAGACCCCUAAGGAGAUUUGGGUAUUUUGAUCCUUCCAUGCUUUCAGGUAUCUGCCACCACAUGCUGAACUUUAGUGUAAAUCAUUUAACUUAUUGUGGCAUCAGUGGUAGCUUUCUUGGCAAUUUCCACUGUUCUGACAUCCAGUUUGUUUUCUUCAGUUUCUUAGUCUUUGGCAGUCUUUUUUCCUAUACAUUUUUAACAACGUCUUUGAUUUCAUUCUACAAUUCCUCUGGUUCCUAUUAAUGAGGUUCAGGAUUUCAAAGUGAUGGCUAACAUUUUUCUUCAAAAUGGUGGGUAUAUG